AUGGACGACGACAGCUUGCAGACGCUCACGCGGCCUGACGAUGCGACCCCGUCGGCCGCAAACGAGCGCAACAACUUCACUGACCUUGUCGCUGACUGGUCGCAUUCGCUUUCCGAAAGCACCGCUUCAAACACCAACGACGAUCCGAACUAUUUCGCCAACGACUCCAAAAGCCUCGUGACCUCGUCACACGUGCACUCAUUCCAGGUCGGCACCGGCGACAGCAUUUUCGCUGAAACCUUGACACGCAUUGAGAAUGCCCAGUCCGAAGUCCUCUUCGUCACCUGCUUCUGGGCCCGUUCGCCCUCCUUGGAGAAGCUGUCUAAGUCGCUAAAGAUCCUAUCGCGCAAGUCUCACCACGCUAGAGAUUCUGGCGCCCCCAAGAUUCGCGUUCGCAUCGGCUUCUCUUCUCGCUCGCUGUUCCAGAAGCUCCUGCAGACUGGGUCUCUCGAUGGGUAUGUCUAUCCGCCGUCGGAAUGGGUAUCGAAGCUCGGGCUGCCUCCACCGGAGGAGCUUUCCGGCUUAGACCUGGAGAUCAAGAGCGUCUUUGUCAGGCCCUUCAGCGUCAUGCACCCCAAAUUUGUCUGCGUCGACCGCCAGCUGGUCUUCCUUCCGAGCUGCAAUGUCAGCUGGGAGGAAUGGUUCGAAGGCUGCCUCUCGCUGUCUGGUCCAGUCGUCAACAACUUCAUCAAGUUCUGGCACGAGUUUUGGGGUCGGGGCAGCGGGGAGCUUCCUCCGCUUCCGCCUAUCCAGACUAAGGAGGAUCCUGUCACCACCCUUAACCGCCGUCUGAGCGUUGUCCAAGAGCUUCCCUCCUGGCUCUCAUACCUGAACAGCACCAUUGGCGACACCAUACCCACAGUCUUUCUGCCUUCACCGCACCACGUCAACCCGCAGUUCCGUCCCAUCCCAUGCCUCAGCGCACCCAAGCCGCCGCCCACCCCCUUGAACCUUUUCCUCCUGAAACUCUUCGAAAGAGCAAAGUUCUCCAUCUACAUCCAAACCCCGAACCUGACCUGCCCCUGGGUCUUCAACGCCCUCCUGGGCGCCCUCGCCCGCGGCGUCGACGUCGACAUCGUCACCAGCGAGCGCCUCAUGAUCCUGGAACAGCUCGGCACCGCCGGCACGACGACGUCAAUGCAAGUCAAGAAGCUUGUCCGCAAGUACCGCAAGCUCCCGAUCGAGACGCCCAUCUACGACACGGAGCGCGAUCCGCCGGGCCACCCGGAUAUCCGCGGCCGCCUGCACAUCGAAUACUACGAGCCCCGCAAGGACGCCGAGAAGCAGGAGCAGGAGCCCGUCCAGUCGCACCUGAAGCUCACCAUCGUCGACGAGGAGUUCGUCGUGCUCGGCAGCGGCAACAUGGACAGGGCCAGCUGGUACACGUCGCAGGAGCUCGGCGUCGCGUUUUGGUCGACCGACUUGGCGGCCGAGGUGUUUGCGCUCGUGCGGAGGAACUUGCAGGGGAGGCUGAAACUGCACUUUCCAAAGACGGAAUGA